UCGUUGUUUCUGGAUUUGCUAUCUCUAGAUCUCAUGUCUUUAUAAGUGGCAUAUAUACCGCUAAAAGAAAAAUAGCAGAUUUUCUCUCCAUCCAUACACAUCUGUUGCCUUUUCUUUAAUCAUAAUGGGUACUGUGACUUAUGAAGGGCAGAUUGAGGGCUCAACCCCACCAGCCAAGCUGUUCAAGAUGAUAGUCCUUGAACCUCAAAUCUACCUUCCCAAAGUCCUGCCUGGGGCUAUUAAAAGUUUUGUCAAUCUUCAAGGAGAUGGAGGACCUGGCACUCUCAGACAAAUCACCUUCCCUGAAGGGAGUCCAAUUAGUCAUUUGAAGGAGACAGUUGAUGCAAUUGAUGAGGAGAAUUUCAUAUUUGAAUAUUCAAUAAUCGGAGGCGAUCCUGCUAUUAUUGAUACCAGUUUAGUUGAGAAAAUGUCUUUUCAAAUUAAGUUUGAAAUUUCUCCUGAUGGAAGAACUGUUUGCAAGCGAAGCUGUAAGGCCUAUACUGUUGAUGGUGUUGAGGUUAAAGAAGAUGAAAUUAGGGGUAGCCUAGAAAAGACUAUGCAAGUCUUUUUUGGAUCAUUCAAGCUUUAUGAAGCCUAUGCCUUGGCAAAUCCUGAUGCCUAACUUAAUUUAUAUGUAUUUUAGUUUUAAUAAAGCAUGAGCUUGGAGUUUGAUGUGAAACCCUAGUAGCUUUCUCGCAUUUUCUCUUCAAUAAUAUUUUGUAAUUUCUGAAAGCGUUUUGAACAUAGAAUUGAAAUAAAAUGCGUGGUCCUACAGGUACUUAGUA